UAAAAAUUACUUUUAUUCUUUUCGUUAACAGCUAAGCACUAACAAAACCCCAGAUAAGCCAAAAUGACGAAGGAACAGCCGACCGCAAUCCCCGAAGAGUUGUAUAACCUUACACAACUGGCUGAGGUUACAUUGGCUGCCGGCCGCCUCAGCACAACCAACAUAACAGAAAUUAAAGACUACAUCAAGCGGCACAAAGAAUUGGAGUAUCUCACCGAUGAGAGUCCAGCUCCUGCCACUGCACCAGAUGUUCUCAUGACAGAACAACAAAGCUUUGUACCUAUAUCUCACAAAGCGCCUUUAAACAAUGACUUUUCAACUGAAAUGUGGCACAACAACCAGAUAAACAGCAGCAGCACGGCACUCUAUGGGACACGGGAUUAUCAGAACAUCCAAACAGAACACCACAACCACAAUUCCACCACAGCGGUAGCGGUAGCGCGUACAACAUUCUACUCAUCCUCCGAUGAUGACUCCAACUACUACAGUCACAAAGUGUUUGAUCGCAAAAAAUUGCGACGUUCCACAAUCUCGGACCACUCCCGUUACGAUGAGCAUUCAUGCAGCAGUUUACCCAGCUGCAGCAGUGAGGAUCAAUUUACUGGCAUCUCGAGCCAUUCCAGCAACUCGGAGAUGAGCAAGCUGAGCAAUGGCACUGAGGGUAGCGCUAACGGCGGUAAUUUGCUGGAAGAUGAGCACGUCUGUCCGGAAUGCGGCAAGAAGUAUUCGACAUCGUCAAAUUUGGCGAGACAUCGGCAAACCCACAGGUCAAUAAUGGAUAAGAAAGCGCGACGAUGUCCAUACUGUGAGAAAGUCUACGUCUCGAUGCCCGCCUUCAGCAUGCAUGUGCGCACCCACAAUCAGGGCUGUGAGUGUCAAUACUGCGGCAAAUGCUUCUCUCGGCCAUGGCUACUGCAGGGACACAUACGCACGCACACAGGUGAGAAACCCUUCAAGUGCAGCGUUUGCAACAAAGCCUUUGCGGAUAAAUCCAAUCUACGCGCACACAUACAAACCCAUUCGAACACCAAGCCCCACACCUGCGGCCGUUGCGGCAAAGCUUUUGCUCUCAAAUCCUAUCUGUACAAGCAUGAAGAGUCUUCGUGCAUGAAGAACCACCACCGUGUCGGUGAACGCAGUGAGUCGCGUUCAAAUCGAAAUUCUACUAAUUCCACAAUCGCAUCCAAUGCUAAACAGUCUGUGAACAAUCAAUCGGCUACGGACUCGGCCAAGUCCACAUUGGCGAACAAACUUUUGCAGAAGGAGAAAGAUCGUCGUCAAUCUACGUAUGGUCAUACUGAAUAUACACCGGAAUCAACGCAAAGUCCCUUAGAGGUCCAAACCGUUUCGCCGUUGUCAGACAACGAUGGCAUAACCAAACCAUAUAUGGCGCAAGAGAAAUCCUACACCAUGCUUACAAGUCCCAUGUCUCAGGAGGAGUAUGAACGUUUCAAGCGCAUCAGCGUCAUACAAACGGCGACGACGCCGAGUGAUCUACUUUAUCGUGAGCACCACGUUGGCUCGCAAGGAUUCGUGGAUACAGUGGCGCAUAUGCCGUUACAGCUGUGCAGCAUACGAAAUGAGAUUCAAGAUCAACCGGUGGACUUUUCGCCAAAAAAUAAUUUUACACAUUCGACAAAGACGAGCCCCUUUGAGUUGACCAGUAAUUAUGCGAUUUUGGCCUAAAGCUUUGGCCACACGUUGGAUAGUUCAAAAAGACAAUGAAAAAUUUUGAAAAAUUUAGACUGUUGGUAUAUUUGAAAGCCUGAAAAGAUGUGGUGCUGUAAAUUGUGACUCACUUAAGAAAGGUACAUACAUACAUGUACUUGGAAAAGACGCGAAUGAUAGGCACUACUUAAAUAAAUGCUUAAAAUGUUUAAAACGAAAAUGAUAAAUUUGACCCGUUUAUAAAGACUUAUCCUGUCCUCUCCUAUAGUGAUCUGUGCCAAACUAGCGUAAUUCGUUGUAUGAAAGACACCUCCCGAAGGACCCUAGAAAAAUGCGAAAUUGUCUAAUCUUAUUUCGUAUAAAUUAUCAGUUUAUGCGAUUUGUUUGAUAUCCUCAAA